AUGACAGGCGACGAACUCCCUAGCCCGCCUUUCACAGCAAUUCCGGGCCUACCUAACUUCCGCGAUAUCGGAGGCUAUCCGAUCGUUGUCUCAGUCUCGGACCCUAGUUUGCCCCAAGCUGGAACCAACGCCAAGGUUGUGCGCCGAGGAUUGGUUUAUAGAUCUUCGGAGCCGUCUAAGGUCACCGCUGAUGGCGUGGCGAUAAUGCAGGGCUUAGGCAUCGGGAGGGUGUUUGACCUACGCUCAGCAGUGGAAAUCGAGCAUGGUCAGCGCGAUGGUUUCGGGUGGAAGAUCAAGGAGUGGGAUGGAGCUCAGCGCCAAUUUGUUCCCGUCUUUCUCGACCAGGAUUUCUCGCCCGAAGCCCUGGCACUGAGGUACAAGAAUUACUCCUCAGAAAGCGCACAGGGCUUCGUGGUAGCGUAUGGUGACAUUCUUGAAGCGGCAGCAUCUCCGAGCAACAACUAUCAACCCUUCAAGACAAUACUAGAACACCUCGCCUCAUCUUCUCCCUCGCCGCCAACGCCAUGUCUCAUUCACUGCACAGCCGGCAAAGAUCGCACUGGGGUAAUUUGUGGAUUGAUCUUGAGCCUUUGUGGUGUGCCCGAUGAAAUCGUCGCCCAUGAGUACAGCCUGACAGAUUUGGGGCUGAAGUCACGGCACGAGGAACUCAUCGCGCACUUGAUGAGCACCCCAUCGCUGAGAGAUCACCCAGUAGAAGCUCGGAGAAUGAUUUCGUCCCAGAAAGAGGCUAUGUUGGGCACACUCGCUAGGCUGCGUGAGACCUACGGAUCGGUUGAGAAGUGUGUUAUUGCCCUAGGACUACUCUCGCCCGACGGGAUUCAGCAACUGCGUAGUAACCUAAUUGUCGAUGUGAACGAAGAGGCAAUAGUCCCAUGGCAGAACCAUGCGAAAUUAUUGUUGUAA